ACGACCUCACCUGGACACUCAACACCAUCGAGCUGGUUACGAAGGCACAACAGCGGCUGUACUUCCUGAGGAGACUGAGAAGGUUUGGCAUGUUACCUAAGAUCCUCAACAACUUCUACAGCUGUGUAGUUGAGAGUGUCUUCACCAGCUGCAUCACUGCUUGGCAGCACUACAGUGAGGGACCGCAGAGAGUUGUGAAGACUGCUGAGAAGAUCAUUCAGGACUCCACUGCCCUCUCUGCAGUCCAUUUACCAUCUGAGAGUCCACAGAAGAGCUGCAUCCAUCAUAAAAGACCCCACACACCUCAACACAGACUGUUCUUCCCUCAGAAAUAUUUGCGUACACACUACCACUCAAACCGAUGUAGUACCCAUGCCAGACCAAUAGGAGGUGCUGUUAUUCUGCCGCCGAGAUACACCAAAACGAAGAAGAGUUGGUGUUUGCGCAAUAACAAGAAGAAGAAGAUGGCGAGUGCGUCAAGAGCGAGAGUGGAGUCGUUCGUCUGGACCGACGACGAAGUUGAACUUCUUCUCAGAGUCACACUCGAUUACAAGUCGACUAAACUCAAAGACAAUGUUGACUGGGAGUCGUGUCACUCAAAGUACUCGGACAUAAUGGACGCGUUUCAGGCGCAGUAUCCGAGGGAGUCAACCGAGAAGGAUUUCCCUCACGGUGCUAACAUGUUGUCAAAAGCCCAAGUCACCACCAAGUUGAAAAGCAUUCGCUGCAAAUACAGGCAGACGGUCGGCAAAGGGCGUCGAAGUGGCCAAGGACGGGUCGUGCUCAUAUUUUAUGCGCUUUGCGAAGAGAUCUGGGGUGGAUCCCCUGCUACGCGCUGUAUCGACGCCGGCAUCGAGACGACUGACCUGGAAGAGUCGUCUACAUCGACAGUAGAGCUGGCCGCCGACUCUCCAUACUCCACAGAAUCCCUCGACUGUCUCCCUUCUGCGGUUGGAAAGCAGCGCCGCGAUUCGCUCCGGGUAAAGUUGAACAGCCACAGAGGUGACAGGCCGAAGAGGAAGAUUCUGACGGAUCCCGCAGAGGAGGACCUACACAUAAAGAGGAGGAUGUUGGAGUUGAUGGAGGACUCGGUCAGACGCAACUCCGACAACAUGCAGCAGAUAAAUACAAACAUUGCUAAUUUGACCAGCACCAUUCAGGACGGGUUUUCAUUGAUGAGGGAGUUGUUGUCGCAACGCCACUCCGGAGCGGAGGGGGGCGGUAACGCGCAAAGACAUUGGAUGCCAAUCACCGUAAAACAAGAGGAAUAAUGACGCCUUCACGUGCUUUCGGAAAUUUGACAUCUCCCACUUAUCAUGUCAUGAUUCCCAGCUGGAAUGAAGCUGUCUCGAAAAAAACAAUAAAUCCCAUCUGACACAGCAGAAAUCCUUCUCUUGACCACAUUUCAAUGGUCUGUUCAACGAGUUUGUUACACUGGUAACUUCUCUUAGGUUUACGACUGAUAAAAAUGCCCUUAAAUUUGUGUUUAUGUUGGAAAUGGUUUUGUUAUUCGAUUAGGACCCUCACUCUUUUUAUUUAGUAUUAUUAUUUUAUAUAUAUAUAUUAUACUCUUUUGUUUUGUGUUUUAGAAAUGCCAUAUCAACACGAAUAUGUCUGUUAAGAAUUGUAUUGUGCUAUGGCAUAAAAUGUUUUUAUUGAGCUUUGUACAUUAAUAAAAAAAAAGAAUUUCCAAUCCGACAUGUUGAUUGAUACAGGGUGGUGGCUGGAUCCAGAUCCGACUCCUCCCACUUUGAGUUAAGUUACAACCCGUGGUCGCCAACUUUUGCUCUUAUCAAUAUAAUUUAGUUUACACCUGUUAGUAAUGAUCACAGUUAAAUAUGUUAAUCCAAACCCUUCCCCUAAAUCUAAUAAAUUAUGUUAUUAAAACACGUAAAUAAUAAAUAAAUAAAGAUUGUUUCUGAGCAAAUUAUCUGUCGAAUAAAUAACUUUAGUUGCGGUUUAAUGCGGGAAUGGUGGAACACGACACCAGUAUGACGUUGUUGUGGCACAACUGCUGCAGAAAUAUGUCGACUAAUUAAGACGCAGUGGGAGGAGACUGGAUCCAGUGUCGACCAAUCACAAUUCAAGGGAAGGAGACUGGAUUUGGAUCUAACCUCGCCCCUAGAUCGCCAGGUAAGCUACAGGUAAGGCCCGCCCAUCUCGGGAACUGUGGUAUCGAAAUUAUUUUCCAACUUCCCAGUGGGAAACGCGACGUCAGAGGACGUUCAUGUGCAAUUUUUAACUCGGAAACUUAAUAUCCGAUUUUGAAGAAUUUCAAAAAGUUGUGAAUGAUAUUCUGAAUGGAUUCAUUCAGCUAAUGAAAAGUCACCUUGCGUUUGGGAGUUAUCAACGGAUGUUUCCUGAGUUGUCAGUAGAUGGUUUUAAACUCUUUCCCCGUUCCAGUAAUACAAUAAUUUAAUGAAUUUGUCAAUCCAAACGUAAAAUCUGUCCUAGAGGAAAAACCUUUUGAAUAUUCAGAUCCCAUAUAUUGAUUGGAAAUUGGUUAGCUGCAUAUUAAUUAUGUAUCUUUAACAAAAUCAAAGAAGUGCACUUUAAACUUUUGCACAAAAUUUACCCUUAAUAAGAAAUGCACGUUUUGUAAUAUGUCGGAGGAAUUUUUGGAUAAUUUAUUUUAUAAAUGUGAUGUAACAUUCUGAUGUCAGCUCCUUUAAAUUUGUCAUAUGUUAUCUCCAAGAAAUUCUAUUCUUGUUAUUAUUAUAAUAUUCUAAUUAUGUUCAUUUACUAAUGAAUGUAAAA